CCAUCCAUUUUCCAAUUCUCUCAUUUUCUCUCCAAAAACAAAACACAACCACACAAACAACUUCUCUCAAAGAUUCCAACCUUCCCCCUCUCCCAAAAAAAUAAAAAGGAAAAACCAAAUGAAAUUCAAAACCCUUUUUCUUCUUGAUCUUAACAAGAAGAGAAAUUAACGAAUUUACAGUAUAGCGCCCGCGCCGCUGUCGCGAUGAGCCAUCUCGAAGACUCUCUAAGAUCCCUUUCUUUAGACUAUCUUAAUCUUCUAAUCAACGGUCAAGCCUUUAGCGACGUGACGUUCAGCGUCGAGGGGCGUCUUGUCCACGCGCACCGAUGCAUCUUGGCGGCUAGGAGUUUGUUUUUUAGAAAAUUCUUUUGUGGGACGUCGACGGAGGCGGGUGCGUCAUCCGGGUUGAGCCCGGUUGGAUCGCCGUCUCCGUCGACAGGGAGUAGUAGUACACAAGUGAUUCCAGUAAAUUCAGUGGGGUAUGAAGUGUUUUUGUUGUUGUUGCAAUUUUUAUAUAGUGGACAAGUUUCUAUUGUGCCACAAAAACAAGAACCAAGGCCUAAUUGUGGUGAUAGAGCUUGUUGGCAUACACAUUGUACCUCCGCCGUUGAUCUUGCCCUUCAUACUCUCUCCGCCGCUAGAUCCUUUGGCGUUGAACAGCUCGCAUUACUUACUCAGAAGCAAUUGGCAAGUAUGGUGGAGAAAGCUUCCAUUGAAGAUGUAAUGAAGGUUUUAUUAGCUUCAAGAAAACAAGACAUGCAUCAACUUUGGUCCACUUGUUCUCAUCUUGUAGCUAAAUCCGGUCUCCCACCCGAGGUACUUGCCAAACACCUUCCGAUCGAUAUCGUAGCGAAAAUAGAAGAACUUCGCCUAAAGUCUUCUUUAGCGCGUCGUUCUCUAAUGCCUCAUCACCACCACCACCACCAUCACGAUCUUUCGGUUGCUGCCGACCUCGAAGACCAAAAGAUUCGUCGUAUGAGAAGAGCUUUAGACUCCUCCGACGUUGAGCUUGUUAAACUCAUGGUAAUGGGUGAAGGUUUGAAUCUUGAUGAAGCUUUAGCCUUACAUUAUGCUGUUGAGAAUUGUAGCCGAGAAGUUGUUAAGGCCUUGCUUGAGCUCGGUGCCGCUGAUGUCAACUACCCUGCUGGCCCGGCGGGGAAAACCCCACUUCACAUGGCGGCGGAAAUGGUGUCGCCCGACAUGGUUGCUGUCCUACUCGACCACCAUGCUGACCCGAAUGUCCGAACCGUCGAUGGUGUCACACCAUUAGAUAUCUUAAGAACCCUAACUUCAGAUUUUCUCUUCAAAGGUGCGGUCCCGGGAUUAACGCACAUCGAACCAAACAAGCUCAGGCUCUGCCUCGAGCUUGUCCAAUCCGCUGCAUUGGUUCUCUCUCGCGAAGAAGAAAAUGCCAACGCCAACGCCAACGCCAACGUUUCAUCAUCUCCAAUUUACCCGCCGAUGAGCGAGGAUCAUAGCAGUAGUAGCAGCAACAACAACAAUAUCGGUAAUCUCAAUCUCGAUUCGAGAUUAGUUUACCUAAAUCUCGGGGCAUCGGGACGAAUGGGAGGUUCUAGAGUGGACGGAGAAGAUGACAACAGACAUGGAUCACAAGGAGGAGGAUGUAUCCCAACAAUGUACCACCAUUCCCAUGACUUUCGAUGAAAAUUAAGCAUAACAUCAAAAUCUCUUAUUAUAUAAAAAUUCCACAAAACAUCAACAUCUAAAUUAGAAUUCAAAAGGGGUUUAAAAAUGUUGAUUGAAAAAGGUAACCAAGAUCAUCAGCUAGUCUUUCUUGGGAAUCAAAUUAUCAUUGGAUCAAUUAUAUGUUUACAAUAUGUCAGCUCUUUGCUUAUUUUUUUUUUAAAUUUAUCUUCAAUUAAUUCAGUUUUU